AUGCCGUCUGUGACGUCUCUUCCAGACUACAACAAGUUUACACUUUUGUUCCAAAACUUGUAUCGGGCAACAUUCCUUUGGCAGUACGGCCCAAUUCCAAUUCCAGUAUCGGUCUUUUUAGUUCACGUCCCAUCCGUUAUUUCUCCUUCCUCCGUCACUUCCUCCUAUUCGGUCUUGAUAGAUGCGGGUCACAGAUCCCACGUCGAAUCUCUCUCCUCGGCUCUAUCGACGCACCUCCAAUCACAUCCCGAGUUUCCUCUCAAAUACGUGUUUCUGACGCAUGGGCAUCACGACCACACAGCCGCACUGCCGACGUUACUGCGUGCGUAUCCGGAGCUUAAAGUGGUGAUCGCUAGGAAUGAGUAUCCGUUUGUCGUCGAGGGGGAAAAGUACAGGGACUGUACUGGUGAUACUUGCAUAUUCCAGUUGUUCAAGGGACUGGCUGAGGAGAGUAAGGUUAAAGUGGAUAAGGAGUACGUGAUGGUGAUCGAGUCGGGGGAAGAGGAAAAUACGAUAUUUGGAAAUGCUGUCAAGGUUGUUCGAACGAAUGGGCAUACUCCUGGCUCACUCUCGUUUCUUCACAUUCCAUCCAAUUCGCUUGUUUGUGGUGAUGCUCUUAUGAAUUUGGCCUUUCUGACGUCGUCGCCAUCUCUAUCCUUACCUGUGACAGCGUUCACAGUUUCGGUAAGCGGUGCGCGCAGUUCGAUCAAACAGAUAUCUGAACGUCAGGAUGUAGACUAUGUUAUGCCAGCCCAUGAUCUUAGCUUUGGCGGAGUGCCAAUAGAAAAGGUCAGAGAGUUUGCGAGCAAGUUGUAA